AUGCCUACUGGAGAUCAAAGUUUAAUUGCCAAUUUGGUGUAUAGAAAUUGCGAGAUAUGGGUUGGAGUGCUAAAAUUAUUGGCCGAUUUGAUGGGUUUAGCUAUUAAGGGGUAUGAUGUCAUCCUAGGUAUGGGUUGGUUAGUUGGCUACACUGCUCAGUUUAAUUGUAGGAUGAAAACGGUAGAACUAUGUAUUCUGGGAGAGAUAACCCUAAAAUUGGAUGUAACGGGUAGACUAGCUUCAUCUGCCUUUAUUUCAGGAAUUCGAAUUAGAAAAAUGUUGAGUAAGGGAGGUCAAGGAUAUUUGGCUUUUCUUAUAAAUACUCCUAGUGAUAAGGUGAAGUUAGAGGAUGUGCCAGUGAUAAAGGACUAUCCAGAUGUGUUUCCUGAGGAACUAGAGUCAUUGCCACCGGAAAGAGGGAUAGCAUUUAAAAUUGAUGUGGUUCCAGGGGUAGCGCCUAUCUCUAAAAUACCUUAUAGAAUGGCUCUAGUUGAAUUAAAAGAACUAAAGUUGCAAUUGCAGGAUUUACUAGAGCGAGACUUUAUAAGAUAA